AUGGCCCCUUCGACGCCAUCGACGCCUCACGGCAGGGGGACCGGGAGUGAACCCGGAACGCCUGCACCUGUCAUCGCGCCACCUGGGUCAUACACUAUACAAGACGUUACCCCCGGCGUCAAGAUAUACGUCGCCAAACCCCUCGGAGGCGGUCAAUCAGAACAACGAAGAGCUGAAAUCCUAUCUACUCGUCCCAAACCCAAACCUUCCGCAUUUGCCCCUCCCCCGCCUCCCAACGCUCCUCCACCAGACCCCAGAGAUGAUACCGAGUAUUACGUCCACUAUGUCGAGUUCAACAAACGUCUUGAUGAGUGGGUAGGAGGCAGUCGACUUGUUUUGGAUAAGGAGAUGGAGUGGCCGAAAGCCAAGGAAGAACCAAAGAAGAAGGAGAGACCGGGCAAGACUCAGCCAUCAAAGGCUACCCCCUCGCGAGGUUCACCCAUGCCCUCCGAUAGUCUGCUGAAGAAGGCUGCCAACAAGGCCGCUAGUAGAGCGGGGACUGGCAAGGCGGCUCCUUCCAAGCUUGGGAAGGCGGGCAAGGCGGGAAAAGCAGGCAAGGUGCCUCAGAAGAGACGAGGCAAGGCAGAGCCCGUGGAAGUGGACAGCGACGAUGAUGAAGAUGAAGAUGCUGAAGGCGAAGACGAGGAUCCCGAUGCCGACAUCACAAUGGAGGCUUCUGACGGUGCUAUCGAUCCCAAUAGCGAAGUCGUCGCUGCCCCUUCCAACCCCCAGGCCGCUCCUCCCGUCUUUUCGAAAAAGCAAGAGAUUGAAAAGCUCCGUACGUCUGGUUCCAUGACACAGUCUCACUCCGAGGUCAGUCGUGUCAAGAACCUCGACAAGCUUCAAAUGGGAAAGCACGAGGUCGAGACAUGGUACUUUUCGCCAUACCCGAUCGAAUACGCGCACCUCCCCGUCCUCCACAUCUGCGAAUUUUGUCUACUCUACUAUCCCUCUGCCACUCAGCUAGUACGGCACAGAACCAAGUGCACGCUCAAGCACCCGCCGGGAAAUGAAAUAUAUCGGUACGACAACAUUUCAUUCUUUGAAAUUGACGGGCGAAAGCAGCGCACAUGGUGUCGCAAUCUCUGUCUCAUCUCAAAGUGUUUCCUCGACCACAAGACCCUCUACUACGAUGUCGACCCGUUCAUGUACUACUGCAUGACCGUCAAUGACGAGUAUGGUUGUCACUUGAUAGGGUACUUCUCCAAAGAAAAGGAAUCACCUGAAGGGUAUAAUGUGGCUUGUAUCCUCACCCUCCCUCAACAUCAACGAAAGGGGUACGGUCGACUUUUGAUCGAGUUUUCCUACGAACUUUCCAAAGUCGAGGGCAAAUUGGGAUCACCCGAAAAGCCGCUUUCAGAUUUGGGUCUGUUGGGGUACAGAGCGUACUGGCAGGAGAAGAUUGUGGAGCUGUUGUUGGACAGUGACUAUGAGAUUAGCUUGGAUGAGAUUGCACAGAGGACAUCGAUCACGCAUGGCGAUAUCAUGCACACCUGCCAGGCUCUCCAGAUGAUCAAGUACUACAAAAAUAGCCACAUCAUCCACCUGUCCGACGCCGUCAUUGAACAACACAAAAAGACAAUGUCGAAGACGAGACGGUCGAUCAACCCCGACUAUCUCAGGUGGAAACCCCCUGUUUUCAGCAGGGCGCAGUUGGCGUUUGGGUUCUAG